AUGUCAUCUUACGCAUCCGCCCUCGAGAAACUCGGCGCAUCCGGCCUCUUCAUCCAGGACUCGGCAUUCAUCGAUGGCGAGUGGGUAACCAGCGAAAGGACGUUUGACGUCUACGACCCCUCAACCGCGCAGGUCCUCGGCCGAACCGCAAACUGUACCCUCGCAGAAAUGCAAAGAGCCAUUGAGAGCGCUCACACCGCGCAAGCCGAGUACUUUGCCUCGACGACGGCCGCCGCCCGUGGGAAGGUGCUACAGAAGUGGCAUGAUCUUGUCAUGGAGAAUAUCAAUGAUUUAUCAGCCCUCCUAACCCUCGAAAACGGCAAAACACUCCUCGAAGCCCGAACAGAGAUAACCUACGCCGCCUCCUUCAUCACCUGGUUCGCGGCCGAGGCCCCGCGCGCCUACGGCGACACGAUCCCCAGUUCGAUGCCGAAUACUCUCGUGCUCACGCUCAAGGAACCCGUCGGUGUCUGCGGAAUCAUCACGCCCUGGAAUUUCCCCGCGGCCAUGAUCACGCGCAAGAUUGCGCCAGCCCUCGGGGCCGGGUGUGCUGUUGUUAUCAAGCCGCCGAGCGAGACGCCGUUUACUGCGCUGGCGCUGGCCAGAUUGGCGGUUGCCGCGGGGGUCCCACCAAAGGUGGUGCAGGUUGUCCCGACUAGGAACAGAGAGGUCGGGAGUGAACUUGCGAUAAACCCGCUGGUACGGAAAAUCAGCUUCACGGGCUCGACGGGCGUGGGCAAGGGGCUCGCGAAACUUGCAGCGGGGACGCUGAAAAAGGUCUCGCUGGAGCUUGGCGGGAAUGCACCCUUUAUCGUGUUUGCCGACGCGGAUCUGGAUCUUGCUGUCGAGGGCUGCGUCGCGAGUAAGUUUCGGUGCUCGGGGCAGACGUGCGUGUGUACGAAUCGGGUUUAUGUGGCGCGGGAGGUUCUCAAGGAGUUUACGGAGAAGCUCGUGGAGAAAGUCCGGAGCCAACUAAAGUGUGGCGCUGGUCUUGAAGAGCCGACGACGCAGGGACCCCUGAUUAACCGGGCCGCAGUGGACAAAGUCAAAGAGCACAUUGCCGACGCGGUGAGCAAAGGUGCAUCCAUCGAAAUCGGGGGUGGUGUCCCCACGGCACUGGGCGAGGGCUUCUUCAUCGAACCAACCGUUCUCUCCGGGGUGACGAGCGAAAUGGCCGUUGCGCGCGAGGAAACGUUUGGCCCCCUGGCACCGAUCUUCGCCUUUGAUAGCGAAGACGAGGUGAUUGCGUUGGCUAAUCAGACCGAGUUUGGGCUUGCGGGGUAUUUCUAUUCGCGGGAUGUGGCGCGGGUGAUGCGUGUUGCGCAGAAGAUGCAGGUGGGCAUGUGUGGUGUGAAUACGGGCAAGAUCAGCGCGGCCGAGGCGCCGUUUGGGGGGGUCAAGGAGAGCGGAUAUGGCCUGGAAGGGAGCAAGUAUGGGAUGGCGGAGUACCAGGUUGUCAAGACGGUGACGAUUGGGAAUCUUGAUCAUUGA